CUGAAAAUGUCGCAAACAUUCCUGUUAGAACCGGAUAUAAUAGCCGCGGCAGAAAAUGUUAUGCCGGAUUUGAACAAUGACUUAGUUCUAGCGAAAAACUUCUUGAAACAACAAAGUGCUGCUACUGGAGAUUCUCUGUACGACCACCUGGUGGACAUAGUCCAGAAGAUCCUGACGCACAAGCCACCGGACAUCGCUGACAACUUUGAGCAGUUCUCAUGGGAGGUGAAACAGGAGAAGUUCCGACCCAACUUCGACCUCCUCAACGACAUAUACCUGGCUCCCUCACAGCUGGAGAUCGUGAGGAGAGUGGACGAGAUGUUCAGGGUGGUGGACAGCAAGGUGCGUCGUGGCGAGGAUAUGGGGGAAGAGGAGCAGGAGUUGGACCUGGAGGAGGACGCCAACAGACCUCACAUCGCGGACCUGGUCGACCACAACUAUUACUUCCGGGAGGGUGGAUACGGUCUGUCUGACCAGGAGUGCUAUGCAGUGUACAUAUCCCUACUCCUGCUGGGGUAUAAGGAACCCGUCUCCACUGUCAGAUUCUUCGGCAAGAUUUACGGACAAAAAGCCAAUUACUACAUCGCGGAGACAGAUCUGACUAUAGAAGAGCUGGAUAGAAGGAUCAGGGAGUUCGAGAUGAAGGACAUGCCUGGAGAGGGCGAGGGGUUGGAAGAAGGGGCAAAGGGACCCGAGGAAGUGAAAGAAGAAAUGGGCGAAGGUGAGAUGAAGGAGGAGAAACCGACAGAGCCGGUACCUCCGAAGCUGCCUCCGGUCCCGGAGUCCACGUGGCAGGCGCCGCCGCCCAUACCCGUCGAGAGGCCUGGCCAGGGAGUUAAUAAGAAGUACUACUGGGUGUGCAACCUGCCGGGUGAGCAGUGGAUCUGUCUGCCGGACGUGACGCCCGAUCAGAUCAGAGUGGCGCGGCUGACCGUGCGGAUCAUGACCGGGGACCUGGAUGCCGAGGUGCAACAAUUCCCCCCAUUCGACGGCACAGAGCGAAACUACCUGCGCGCGCAGAUCGCCCGCAUUCAGGCUGGAACCUCCAUCUCUCCCCAAGGAUACUUCACCUUCGGAUCGGGGGAGGAAGAGGACAUCGAUAUGGAGGAGGGCAUGGGCGACAUGGCGUUCAACCCAAACCCGUACUACCGCGGGCACACGCUCAAGGACCUGUUGGACCCCAACCUGACGUACUGGGUGCACCACGGCCGCCACAUCCUCAAGCAGGGCCGCACCAUUUGGUGGAACCCCAACGCUGGCAUGGACGAGGGUCUAGAAGAAGAAGACGACGAUGCCAUGAUCCCAAUAGAACCUGAAACGGGGCCCCCGCUGUUCACGCCGCUGUCUGAGGACUCACGCAUCGAAGGCAUACCAGCGUGGACCCCGCGGAACAGCACGCUACUCACCCCGGACAGGGCUGUGGCAAUGCUGAGGAGUAACGUGUGGCCUGGCGCUGUGGCCUACUCCAGUAGUGGCAAAAAGACGGAGUGCAUGUACGUGGGGUGGGGCCUCAAGUACCAGCCGCCGAACUUCUCGCCGCUGCAGCUGCCGCGGCCGCAGGACGAAUACCCAGUCGGCCCUGAGGUCAUGGAGAUGGCUGACCCCACCUUUGCUGAUGAGGAGGCGUACCGCAUCGCCCACCUGCCGCCUCCGCCGCCGCCCGUCAUGUUGGAGGGCGAGGGCGAAGGCUUCGGAGAAGAAGAAGAAGAUGAAGACUAGAUAAUAUUCUUCACAACAUGAAGAA